GACUCAUAAAUUGUGAUGUGUCUCCAGUUUAGGUUUGCCUCUUGCUCAGAGACCUGCCUGAUGGUCUUUGGUGGCCUUGCUGCUGUGAUCCAUGGUGCCGCUCAGCCGUGUAUGUUGCUUGUCUUCGGCAUGAUGAUUGACACAUUUAUAUUGUAUGAUGUGGAGUUACAAGAGCUCCGAGAUCCCAACAAGACUUGCAUCAAUAACACUAUCAUGUGGACAGAAGGCUCCUAUUAUAUAAGUAAUAAUCAGACAAUAAGCUGCGGUACGCUGGAUAUUGAAUUAGAAAUGACUAGGUUUGCUGCUUACUAUGCGGGCAUUGGGUGUGCUGUCCUUUUUCUUGGAUAUAUGCAAAUUUGCUUUUGGGUAACAGCGGCUGCCCGACAGAUUCAGAGAAUUAGGAAGCUUUACUUUCGUAAGGUGAUGAGGAUGGAGAUCGGGUGGUUCGACUGCACAUCAGUUGGAGAGUUGAACACCAGGAUGUCUGAUGAUAUCAACAAAAUCAAUGACGCCAUUGCUGACCAAGUGGGGAUCUUUAUCCAGAGAUUUACCACAUUUUUAGCCGGGUUCCUUUUGGGAUUUGUUAAUGGAUGGAAGUUGACUUUGGUGAUCAUAGCUGUGAGCCCGCUCAUUGGUGUUGGAGCUGCCCUGAUGGCCCUGGCGGUCGCAAAGCUGACGGGCAGAGAAUUACUGGCCUAUGCUAGAGCCGGUGCAGUUGCUGAUGAAGUUCUGUCUGGAAUUAGAACUGUAGCAGCAUUUGGCGGAGAAUUGAAAGAAGUGGACAGAUAUGAUAAAAAUCUUGUGUAUGCUCAGCGCUGGGGAAUCAGGAAAGGCGUCAUCAUGGGGUUCUUCACAGGAUACAUGUGGUUUAUUAUAUUCCUCUGUUACGCGCUGGCAUUUUGGUAUGGGUCCAAGCUGGUCCUUGAGGAGGAAGAGUAUUCCCCUGGAAACCUAUUACAGGUGUUUUUUGGUGUGUUGGUUGGUGCUCUUAAUCUUGGUCAAGCAUCUCCUUGCUUACAGGCCUUUGCAUCAGGACGAGGAGCAGCCACAAACAUAUUUGAGACCAUUGAUAAAGAGCCACUUAUUGACUGCAUGUCAGAAGAAGGCUACAAACUGGACAAGGUGAAGGGAGAAAUAGAAUUUCAUAACAUCUCUUUCCGUUACCCGUCCAGACCAGAAGUCAAGAUUUUAGACAAAGUAAACAUGAUCAUCAAGUCUGGAGAAACCACAGCAUUUGUUGGACCAAGUGGAGCUGGAAAAAGUACAACGAUACAACUUAUUCAACGAUUCUAUGAUCCUGAUGAAGGCAUGGUCACCUUGGAUGGACAUGACAUUCGCUCAUUAAACAUCCAGUGGCUGCGCUCUCUGAUCGGCAUUGUGGAGCAAGAGCCGGUCUUAUUCGCUACAACAAUUGCUGAAAACAUCCGUUUUGGUAAGGAUAGCGCAACUAUGGAUGAUAUCAUUACAGCAACAAAAGAAGCCAAUGCCUACAACUUCAUCAUGGACUUACCUCAGACAUUUGACACGUUGGUUGGAGAAGGUGGAGGACAGAUGAGUGGAGGACAGAAGCAGAGAAUUGCCAUUGCACGGGCCCUUGUCAGAAACCCCAGAAUCCUCCUCCUUGAUAUGGCCACAUCUGCUCUGGAUAAUGAGAGUGAAGCUAUCGUCCAAGAGGCCUUAGAUAAGGUUCGUUUCGGCCGCACGACCAUCUCCAUUGCUCAUCGGCUGUCCACUAUCAAAAAUGCAGAUGUCAUCAUUGGAUUUGAGCAUGGCCGGGCUGUGGAGAGAGGAACCCACGAUGAACUGCUGGAGAGAAAAGGAGUGUAUUUUACUUUAGUCACCUUACAGAGUCAAGGAGAUAAAGCUCUGACUGAAAUGGAGAAAGGAAAUACAGAAGGCAAACAAUUUGAGGAGCCCAAACUAGAGAAGGUUCAGUCCUUCAAGCGAGGCAGCUAUCAGUCCAGCUUACGCGCUUCUAUUCGUCAACGCUCAAGAUCCCAGCUAUCAAACAUAGUCCCUGACACUCCAUUUUUGACAGUACCAGAUACAUCUGAGGCUUUACAACAUUAUGAGGAGAAAAGCAAAGCUAAGAAGGAUAUUCUUAUUGAUGAUGAUGAUAAAGUAGAGCCGGCUCCGGUUGCCCGAAUCCUGAAAUACAAUGCCCCAGAGUGGCCGUACAUGUUAUUUGGUUCAUUUGGAGCUGCAGUCAAUGGCGCUGUCAAUCCUCUCUAUGCCUUGCUCUUCAGUCAGAUUCUUGGGACAUUCUCCCUACAAGAUGAGAACGAACAGAGAGAUCAAAUCAAUGGCAUCUGCGUCCUUUUUGUUCUUAUCGGAGCUGUAUCCUUUUUGACACAAUUCUUACAGGGAUACACAUUUGCAAAGUCAGGAGAGUUACUCACCAGAAGACUCCGUAAAAUUGGAUUCCACGCCAUGUUGGGUCAGGAGGUUGGUUGGUUUGAUGACCCAAGGAACAGUCCAGGAGCCUUGACCACAAGACUUGCAACAGAUGCGUCACAAGUACAAGGUGCUACUGGAUCACAGAUCGGAAUGAUUGUAAACUCUCUCACCAACAUUGGCGUAGCCAUCAUCAUUGCGUUUUACUUCAGCUGGAAGUUGAGUCUGGUUAUUAUGUGUUUCCUUCCAUUCCUGGCCUUAUCGGGAGCCCUGCAGGCUAGGAUGCUCACUGGAUUUGCUAACCAGGAUAAACAGGCAAUGGAAUCAGCUGGAAGGAUUUCAAGUGAGGCUCUUGGAAACAUUAGAACAAUUGCUGGAAUUGCCAAAGAAAAGAGAUUUAUUGAAAUGUAUGAGGAGCAGCUGGAGGAGCCCUACCGAUCGGCCAUCAAGAAAGCCAACGUCUAUGGACUGUGCUUCGGUUUUGCUCAAUGUAUUAUUUUCAUUGCUAAUUCGGUUUCAUACAGAUAUGGAGGAUAUCUGGUAGACGUAGAAGGACUUCACUACAGCUUUGUCUUUAGAGUAAUAUCAUCUAUUGUAACAAGUGGAACAGCUUUGGGAAGAGCGUCCUCUUAUACUCCAGAUUACGCCAAAGCUAAAAUAUCUGCAGCCCGCUUCUUUAAGUUGGUGGAUCGUGUCCCCAAAAUUUGUGUCUAUAAAGAUGAAGGGGAUAAAUGGAAUGACUUUAAAGGAAGCAUUGACUUUCAUGACUGCAAAUUCACAUACCCCACCCGUCCUGAUAUCCAAGUAUUGAAUGGACUAAAUGUGUCAGUAAAGCCGGGACAAACCCUUGCAUUUGUGGGAAGCAGUGGAUGUGGAAAGAGCACCAGCGUGCAGCUUCUUGAGCGCUUUUAUGAUCCAGACAAGGGCAAAGUUCUUAUAGAUGGUCAUAACUCCAAGAACAUCAAUGUUUCAUUUCUCCGAUCUAAAAUUGGAAUCGUGUCCCAGGAGCCGGUGUUAUUUGACUGCAGUAUUGCUGAUAACAUCAAAUAUGGUGAUAACUCUAGGAAACUGACCAUGGACCAAGUGAUGGAGGCAGCAAAGAAAGCACAGCUACAUGACUUUGUUAUGGGCCUACCAGACAAAUACGACACUAAUGUAGGAGCUCAUGGAUCUCAGCUCUCUCGUGGUCAAAAGCAGCGUAUCGCUAUUGCCAGAGCCAUUAUCCGGGACCCUAAAAUCCUUCUACUUGAUGAAGCUACAUCUGCACUUGAUACAGAGAGUGAGAAGACGGUGCAAGCAGCCCUUGACCGUGCCAGAGAAGGACGUACAUGUAUAGUCAUCGCCCAUCGACUGUCAACUAUUCAAAACUCGGACAUCAUUGCCGUCAUGUCUCAAGGAAUUGUCAUUGAGAAAGGAAAUCAUGACCAGCUAAUGGAGAAGAAAAGCGCAUACUACAAACUGGUCACAACCGGAGCACCUAUUAGUUAAUACUGUGUUGUAGUAGAAUAAAACAACUUGAUCCUACAAUGAUGAUAUGGACGUGACUAUAGCUCUCACUAUAUUUCAGGAAUGGCAUGUGGUCGUGAGGCUGUGCAGUCAUACUGUAUUACCGUAUUUGCUUGUACAGGGCAUUUUUGUAUUGACAGAAAAUAGACACAGAUGUGUGCUCAAGUGGGGCAGACAUGUACCAGCCAUGUCGUGCCAUCAGGAUUUACAUAUAUUUAUACACAUAGAUGGAGAAUAGAAUUUGCAAAUAUAUUAUGGGGAAAGAUGAAUGAAAAGUAGUUAUAGCUGUCGUCAGGCUGAAAAAACGUGAGGAUAUGAUAGUCUGUUAUAGGUACCAGUUAUCAUUGGAAAUAACUUUUACCCUAUUUUUCGCCAUAUAAGACGCACUUUUUCUUUAACAAAACUGGGGGGGGGGGGAAAGUUGGUACGUCUUAUACGGCAAAUACCUGUCCUAUCGCGGCGGUCCCUGUGGCCAUCAACGACCAGGACCCGCGGCUAAUACAGGACAUCACCGAUCGCGGUGAUGCCCUGUAUUAACCCUUCAGACGCGGCGAUCAAAGCUGACUGCCGCACCUGAAGCGAAAAUAACACUAACCCCGCUGUUCUGUUGGACUGUUCGGGACA